AUGUGGUUGCGAUCCUUCUUGAUGACCCUGUCGGUCUUUGCCACGGGUCGACGGACCUUUCCAGGCUACAAGAUCCAUUCGGAGAAUACAAUUGGUAUCGAUGACUUCUCCGAGGCCUGCCGAAACGCGCUCAUAGCUCUUGUACGAUGCGAUGACGCCACAAGCGAAUGGACAAGGGCUUUAUAUCAUGGAAUUCUCCCUAUCGAUGUUGAUGUCAACUCUGUCUGCGACGUAGGCUGCGCGCGAGCCAUUUUGGAUUGGCGGUUAGCCGUCGAUACCUACUGCGGUGAUUCUAAGUGGGCAAAUGGCGCCCCUGCCGGUGUUAUGGGGUCUUUUAUCUCAUAUGGUAUCAACGAGAUAUGUCAAACUGAUAAGAAGACUGGAAAGAACUGUAACGACGUUAUCCUUAACUUUAGUGAUACUGAUACCAUUGAGAAGAUGCCAAACAGCGAACUCUGUUCUGACUGUUACGUCGGCCGGCUGAAGAUAAUACAGGCUAGUCCUUACUCAUACUACAAAAGGGAGCUCUUCUACUAA